AUCCAUUGCAGAGCCGCGAGGUGGAAGCCCCACGGAGCACCGCGGCAGCGGGAGCGGUCCGAGCGCUUCGCGCCGUCUGUGAGAGGCGGCAGGAGCCGCCCCCCAGACCAGAGCAAUCGAUGCCGGCGGCGCCCGCUGGCUGGGCGGACAUGGAGGCGAGCGGGCUGAGGCGGCGCCUGGUGCACCUGGACCUCAAGGGCGCGCCGCCGCGCGUCUCCUACGUGGCGGAGGUGCUGCCGCUGCUGCGCGCCCUGGGCGCCACCGGGCUGCUGCUCGAGUACGAGGACACGUUUCCCUACGCGGGGGCGCUGGAGCCGCUGCGGGCGCAGCACGCUUACAGCCCCGAGGAAAUCCGGGCGAUCCUGGGGCUGGCGAAGGCGCAGGGGCUGGACGUGGUGCCGCUGGUGCAGACCUUCGGGCACAUGGAGUUUGUACUGAAGCACAAAGAGUUCUCUCAUCUCCGGGAGGUGAAGACGUUUCCCAACGCCCUCAACCCGCACAAGGAGGAGUCCCGGGCGCUGGUCAAAGCCAUGAUUGACCACAUCAUGGCGCUGCAUGAAGACUUGAAAUGGUUUCAUAUAGGAUGUGAUGAGGUCUACUACCUUGGUGAAGGAGAAGAGUCAAAACAGUGGCUGCAGCAACAAGGGAACACUCCAGAGAAGCUGUGCUUGUCCCACAUAAAAGCAGUUGCAAGUUGUAUGGCCUCAUCUUAUCCUACCGUGACGCCUAUUGUGUGGGAUGAUAUGCUGAGAGGAAUUAGUGAGGAAGCAUUGUCAGAGUCUGGGGUCCCGCAGCUUGUGGAGCCCAUGAUAUGGGACUAUGCAGCAGACCUCGAUGUGGAGAGCAAAGUGCUUCUCAUAGAGAAGUAUCGUAGAUGUGGCUUCUCCAAGGUGUGGUUUGCUAGUGCCUUCAAAGGAGCUACAGGAGUGAAUCAGUCUCUAACCCUUAUAGGACAUCACUUAAAAAACCAUCUUCAGUGGCUGAAAGUGGCGAGCAAUAGCCCUGCUGAUGUGCUUCAAGGUAUCGCACUGACUGGCUGGCAAAGGUAUGAUCACUUCUCUGUUUUGUGUGAGCUCUUCCCUGUGGGGAUUCCAUCGUUGGCUAUAUGCCUGCAGGCACUAAAGAAUGGUGGCUAUUCUGAAAAGGUUAAAGAAAAUGUAGAAAAGCUCCUGGGAAUGUCUAAUCUGGAAACUGAUACUUUCAUGAGCACAAGUUUGGGUACCUUUCCAGGGAGCAACAUCCUCACACUUGUGACGCAAGUUAGUUUCUACCUCAGAUCAUCAGUGGAUGAACUUCUCGAAAGGAACAGGUAUGUCACAGGCUGGUUCAGUCCCUACCACAGAAAGAGGAAAAUUGUUCACCCUAUAAUAAUGCAUCACUUUCAGCCAGAUGCAGUAAGUCUUCUAUCCAAGUGGAAUGCUGUGGUGCAAGAUCUCCAAGCAGCCAUGGAGCAAGUUUUCCACAAGUGUACUAUAGAUGAGUGGAUGGAGGAGAACAUCCACCCCAGCCUACAAAAGCUGCAGCAAGUGGUGGAUGAUUUAGAUAAAGCAAUAAAGGCUCAAAAUUAGGAGUGUUCUAA